AUGGCGGUUCUUGGCUUCAAGCAGGGGUUCAUUCACGUCCAAGCCGCUUGUAGGACAUGGAGCCUCGUCUCCUACAAACAUCUUCACAAGCAGAGGUUGAACGUGCCAACAGAUUCGCAAUGGGAACCAGAUCUCGAAGAUUCAGACUAUGCAAUCCUCAAUGGGCUCGGCCUUAUCAAAGAAGAGCUUACCGUAACGUUACAAGAUAGUCGCCGCCGAUACUGCCACAAUGCACUACCAGGCACGGUCGUACAUAAUGGUAGUCGACGCAUUCUAAUUUCCGUCCCAUAUCCUGGCCAACGUCUUUGCUUGCUACACGUCGCUCGUUUCCUUGGUUUCACAGCAUCGCUUAUCAGCACGGCAAGCAUGAAGACCAGUAUUGCCCUUACCACACUCGCUGCGGGUGUGGUAGCUCAAACAGCAUUCGAGCCAGCGGACUUUGACAUCACCGAAGCCUUGCUCGAUAACGGAGUCAACGUCUCGGCCAUUCCUGAUCUGGCACCAUUCGUUGAUGGCUCACGACCUGGCGGUUGUUCGGCUGCUUGCAUGUCUCUAAGUGCCAUCUUUGGCGACGGCCAAGUAGAAACUCGGGCAGAAAGCGCGUACACUGCCUUCAUCACUACUCUAUGGUCGGGCCAACAAAGAGAGCUAUCUCCACAAUGUGUAUUCAAGCCCGAGAAAGCGCUGGAUGUCUCAACUGCUGUUUUGCUCGCGCGUUUGACGCAAUGCCCAUUUGCAGCCAAGAGUGGAGGUCAUUCUGCUGUGUCAGGAGGCUCAAACAUCGACAAUGGAAUGACGAUCAGUUUCGAAAAGAUGAACCAGAUUGCCUUAUCGAGCGAUACGAAGAUUGCAUCGUUUCAGCCUGGACACACAUGGCUUGACAUUUACUCCGCUUUAGAAAAGGACAAUCUUACUGUCAUUGGAGGCCGGGUGUCUACUGUUGGCGUGGGCGGCUUGACUCUCGGAGGAGGACUUUCUUACUUUUCGAGUGAAUAUGGAUUGGCAUGCGACAACGUAGAAUCUUACGAGCUUGUUACAGCAUCCGGGAUGAUUGUUACGGCCACUCCUACCUCAUUCCCGGACCUUUACUGGGCAUUGCGUGGCGGUGGGAACAACUUUGGCCUUGUUACACAAUUCAAUGCCCGAACUGUCCCUCGAUCUCCCACCAUGUGGGGUGGUAUGCGAGUAUACAGGGAGACGCAAUUCGCCGCUGUGAUCGAAGCGUACUUCAACCUCGGCAUGAAUGCGAACAAGGACGGCAAAGCUCACCAGAUCCUCUCAUUCAGUUGGGGCGGAGUCCCAGUCGCAAACGUCGAGCUAGAAUAUGCCGAUCCAAACCCCAACGCAACAAUUCUUGCGGAAUACAACGCUAUCCCUGGUGCCCUCCAGGAUAUCACGGGCAUCAGAAGUCUCGCGGAACUCACGAAUUUGCUGGCAGAGUCGGCUGUCGGUGCUGGACUCAGACAGAGCUUCUGGACCUGGACUGUCAAGCUUGACAAGGAGCUGGCUACCCUUACCAAGGAUAUAUUCUUCGAAGAGAUUUCAUCCAUACUGGAUGCAGCAGAUGUUUUGCCUGCCCUCUCACUUCAGGUGCUUACUGAGCCCAUACUUCAGAAGACAAAGACAAGAGGAGGCAAUUCACUCGGUUUGGACCCAAAGGACGGGCCGCUCAUGCUUGCCUUGAUCUCCAUAAAGUGGUCUGACAGUGCCGAUGACUCUCGUCUCAACGAGUUCGCAACCAAGGUCAUGAAUCGCGCUAUCGCUGCUGCGGAGGCGAAGGGCAAAGCAAGCUCGUACAUUUACAUGAAUUACGCCAGUCCCUACCAAGAUCCGGUUGCAGGCUAUGGCUCUGUAAAUCAAGCACGACUCAAAGCUAUCUCGAAAAAGUACGACCCUACCGGCGUGUUUGAGAAAUUACAGCCUGGCUACUUCAAGCUGGAUGGUGCUCCUUUGGAAACCGCACCGUAG